AUGACUGAGCCUGAGCCUCCCGCCGUGGCCGCCCUCAGUCUCGCUGAUACUGCAGCCCAGCCGGUGUCCAAGGCAACAGAGCAGGAAAUCAAUCCCUGGGAUGUGCAGGCCGCCGUUGAUGAACAUGGAAAUGUCAAGGAGUUCGACUAUGUCGCAAUCUCCCAGCAGUGGGCAACCAAGCUCAUAGACGAUGCUCUGCUCGAGCGUUUCGAGCGCGUGACUGGUCACAAACCGCACCGCUGGCUACGGAGACGACUGUUCUUCUCCCACCGCGAUCUGGAGCUCAUCCUCGACCUUUAUGAGCGCGGAGAAGACAUACUACUCUACACAGGCCGAGGCCCCAGCAGCGACGCCAUGCACAUUGGCCACACGAUUCCAUUUGAAUUCACAAAGUGGUUGCAGGAUGUCUUUGAUGUACCCCUCGUCAUCAUGUUGACCGAUGACGAAAAGUUCCUCUUUAAAGAAAAGUUGAAGCAAGAAGAGGUCUACGAAUUUGCGCGCCAAAAUGCAAAAGACAUCAUCAGCAUUGGCUUCGACGUGAAGAAAACGUUCAUGUACAUUGAUUCCGAGUUCUUUACCUCUGGUUUCAACAGGCACUUCAAUCUAAACUCAACCGAAUUUGAGAAACUUGUCACAAAUAACCAAGUCCGCGGUGCAUUCGGUUUCCACGGCUCAACCAACAUUGGCAGCAAUGCAUUCGCUGCAAAACAAUGCGUGGCCGCCUUUGCCUCCUCCUACCCUUUCAUCUGGGGCGAGGACUCGCAGACAUACCGCCGCUCCAAGAAACUCGCCAGCAUACCCUGCCUCAUUCCUUGUGCCAUAGAUCAGGACCCAUACUUCCGCCUCGUGCGCGAGAACUGUGGUCGUAUGGACCUUCCGUCGCCCAAGCCCGCCCUUAUUCAUUCCAAAUUUUUGACCUCUUUACAAGGCGCCGGUGGCAAAAUGAGUGCCUCAAAUCCCAACUCAGCAAUCUUCAUGAGCGACACUGAGAAACAAAUCAAGAAGAAGAUCAACAAUGCAUUCUCAGGUGGUCAAGAGACACUGGAGCUGCAUCGCGAGAAGGGAGGAAACCCCGACAUCGACGUACCCUACCAAUAUCUCGCUUACUUCGAAGACGACGAUGAGAAGCUCCUGAGACUAGCAGACGAAUAUCGCGCUGGCACAUUACUUACCGGUGACAUGAAGAAAGAAUGCAUAGCCAUGAUGGCACAAUACGUCAGCAAAUUCCAGGCAGCGCGAGAAAAGGUCGACGAUGAAGUGCUAGAGCAGUUCUUACGGCCAAGGAAACUAGAGUGGAAGGGCAAUCCUAACCCGACAAAGCCUAAGAUUGAGAAGCCAGAGGAGAAGAAGGGGGAUGAUAAGCCAACGUUGGACGCAGAUGGGAACCCGAUGACGAAGAAUGCGAUGAAGAAAGCACAAAAGCUGGCGGAAAUUGAGAGGAAAAAAGCCGAGAAAGCGGCGGCAGCGGCACAGAAGUAA